UCAGCCUUUUUAAAAUGUAAUUAGUUCUAUGUUUGUCUUUGACAGGUUUUUAGUUCGUGUUUCGUACCUGGAGAUUUACAAUGAGGAAGUGCGGGAUUUGCUGGGCAAGGACCAGUUGCAAAGGCUUGAGGUCAAAGAAAGACCUGAUGUUGGCGUGUACAUCAAAGAUCUCUCUGGUUAUGUUGUAAAUAAUGCUGACGACAUGGACAGGAUUAUGACUCUCGGUCACAAAAAUCGAUCCGUCGGUGCUACAAACAUGAAUGAGCACAGCUCCCGCUCUCAUGCCAUCUUCACCAUCACCAUCGAGUGCAGUGAGAAGGGUGUGGAUGGUAACCAGCAUGUGCGCAUGGGAAAGCUUCAUCUUGUAGAUCUGGCAGGCUCAGAAAGACAGGGCAAAACCGGAGCCACAGGCCAGCGUUUGAAGGAAGCAACGAAGAUCAAUCUGUCCCUCUCCACCCUGGGUAACGUUAUCUCCGCCCUGGUGGACGGCAAGAGCACUCACGUCCCGUACAGAAACUCCAAACUGACCCGUUUGCUUCAGGAUUCACUGGGAGGAAACUCCAAGACCAUGAUGUGUGCAAAUAUAGGUCCUGCAGACUACAACUAUGACGAGACCAUCAGUACCUUGCGCUAUGCUAACAGGGCUAAAAACAUCAAAAACAAAGCCAGAAUCAACGAAGAUCCCAAGGACGCCCUUCUACGGCAGUUUCAGAAAGAGAUCGAGGAGCUCAAAAAGAAACUGGAAGAGGGGGAAGAGAUUUCUGGGUCAGAAGGCAGCGGAUCAGAGGAGAUGGACGAAGGGGACGAUGAUGCAGGAGAGGCAGGAGAAGGCCGACGGAGGAAGAGGGACAGUUGUGAUAUCAGCAGAAGUAAUAGUUCAGAAUUUACCGACACUUCCUCAGUGCCGCCACCCACUGACGCCGACCUGCGGGAUAGCCAAAGAGGAAGGAAGAAGGUUUCUCCGGACAAGAUGGUGGAGAUGCAGGCAAAGAUCGAGGAAGAAAGAAAGGCUCUGGAAGCCAAGCUGGACAUGGAGGAGGAGGAGAGGAACAAGGCAAGAGCAGAGCUGGAGAAAAGAGAGAAGGAUCUUCUCAAAGCCCAACAGGAGCAUCACCUCCUGCUGGAGAAAUUGUCGGCUUUAGAGAAGAAGGUGAUUGUAGGUGGAGUGGAUCUUCUCGCUAAGGCCGAGGAGCAGGAGAGGCUCCUAGAGGAAUCGAAUAACGAGCUCGAGGAGCGUCGCAAGCGAGCAGAGCAGCUACGCAAGGAGCUGGAAGAGAAAGAGCAAGAACGUUUAGAUAUAGAAGAGAAGUACACAAGUCUGCAGGAGGAAGCUCAAGGAAAGACCAAAAAGCUGAAGAAGGUGUGGACCAUGCUAAUGGCUGCCAAGUCAGAAAUGGCCGAUCUGCAACAAGAGCACAACAGAGAGAUUGAGGGCCUCCUGGAAAACAUCCGCCAGCUGAGUCGAGAACUGAGGCUCCAGAUGCUCAUCAUAGAUAACUUUAUUCCCCAGGAAUACCAGGCGAUGAUAGAAAAUUAUGUCCACUGGAAUGAAGAUAUUGGAGAAUGGCAGCUGAAAUGUGUGGCUUACACUGGCAAUAAUAUGAGAAAACAAACCCCAGUGCCAGACAAGAAAGAGAAAGAUCCAUUUGAGGUGGAUCUGUCCCACGUGUAUCUAGCAUAUACAGAGGAGAGCAUGCGGCAAUCCCUGAUGAAACUAGAGAGGCCCAAAGCCUCUAAAGGCAGUAAAAGUGGCAGACCGAAGACCGGCCGAAGGAAAAGAUCCACAAAACCAGACACAGUGAUCGAUUCCCUUCUGCAGUGAUGAUGUGGAGGUCAACAUUUCACUACAGCUUUACCUUGACUUCAGCUUUGAUGUAACGUAAAAAAAACUAUUUAGUCCUGCUUAUGGUCGAACAGUAAUAGAUUUUGAUCGCACACUGCACAAGAUGGUAAGGUUUUAAAUGUGAUCAAGCGGCACCUUUUAUUAGGAGAACAACCACUUGAAAAUAGGACACAACGAAAGACGAUCUGCUUGAAGCAGUGCCUUGCAACUGUCCAGGCCUCUUCUAUUGUUUCCACAUUUUGCCACAUUGGAACCACAAACUUCAAUGUAUGUUGUUUGGAUUUUAACAGAGACAAAUGCAUAACUGGGAAGCGUAAUGGAAACGACGCAUUGCUUUCAACAUUCCUCACAAAUGGAGACCUGAAAGUGUGGUGCGCAUUUGUAUUCAGAGCCUUCAGGGUUUUGUCUCUACUGGCUCUGUAUGGACAAGACACCAUUCACCUUGUGCAACAUUGUGGAUGCUGUGUUUAAGAUGAUGAGAUGCAGUAUUAGUUUAUCGCAUAGCAAUUUCCAGGGAGGACAGGUAGCUCUCGCGGUUUUUUAUUUUAUUUUGUUUUUAUAAGCUGGAUCCUCUAAUUGGUCUGCAACAAACUGCAACAGGGCUUUAUUUCAGCAGUGGCAUUCAAAGACCAGAUGUGUGCAAAUAGUAGUUGACCUGACAACAGGGUCUUCCAACUGAGCUGUGGAGCUCUGCAGCUCCUGCAGAGCUACUUGAGACUGACCUGUUAACAUUCUUCCUUCAUAAAGCAGUUUUAUACUGAGAUUAAAUCACAUAUAGAUGGGCUUUGUUUUACACCGAGGUGACUUCUGAAGUUAUGUUGCAUUUUAUCUAGGGAUAUCAGAAGGAAAUGGGCUGAAAACAAAUGCACGCCACACUUUUUGGAAACUAUGUACCAUUUCCUUUACAUUUUUAAUAUUCAGCACCUUUGGAUUGUCUAUGAAUAAUUUAAAGUUUUUGUUAUAUCGUGACAAAAUGAGAACUGGUACAAGGGGAGUUAAGGCUUUUGCAAGGCGCUUCAGUCAGAUUGUUUGAAAUGACAUCACAACGCUGGCCUACAAACAGCAACACCUUUAAAGCUGCUUCCAAGUGUCCUGUUAAACACAUUUAUCUCAGAAAUUAAACUUUGACUGUUUUGCUUCUCAUAAAUUAACAUAUUUCUGUUCAAUGAAAAACUGAAUACACUCUAAUCGGAUUCUAGUUGGUCAAAUUGUUCUAUUGCAAUUUAGUUCAAUUCAGCUGAAGCGCGUAAAACUUUCUAAACUGUUUUCUUUAAUAGGUCAGAAGCAUUAAGGGCAUGCAUGCCGUUUAGCUCUUAUGUCUGUGCCAUUUCCUUCACUUCAGUCAAGUUUUUAUUUUCAACACUUGUUGUGAUGCACCAUAAAUCUAUGUAUCUGUAUCCCUUAUGCACUUGUAUGGCUUUUUUAUGUUUUGGUCUUAAGUGGAUGUAAGCUAGCUUUUUUUGUUGUUGUUGUAGUGUAUGUCAAAUGUUUACACCAACAAACAUCUGGAUUUUAUUUAAUAAAUUAUUCAUGUCUGA